GUUCCAAGUAGAAUGUCAGAGAGAACAGGCCCAACUGCAAGCUUUUCUGCCCAGGUGUGGACCAACCUGCAAGGCCUCUCUGCCCGGGGAGCUGGGGAACACAGGCUGUGCCACUAGCCAAACGUCCCAGGGAACUCUGAGCACUGACGUGUCGGCUCUCACACUGGCGACCCUCAGUGAAGACAUGACGUCUCUGCAGAUGAGGACAGAUGGGAAGGAACAUCAGCUGACUGAGGAAAGCAGUGACUUUCUCCAAAACGUCAGCGUGACCGAAGGUGCGAAGGAAGUUGCUGAAAUGGACCACAUCUCAGACAGACCAGAUGAAAAAGAGAAACUUUCUGAAAACCUACAGACCGAUGUCCUUUACAAGAUGGACACUAAGAAAUGGGAUGGGUUGGAAGAGGAGUCCCAGCACCGCGAGGACCCACCAAGCAAACAGGAUGAGCGAGAAGUAACUCCGGUUUGCGAGGUCCCGCAAGCGUCUCCGCGGCCACCGUCUUCAGACGAGAGCACCCCGAUCCCGGACAGCUUGGUGGUCAAGCUGAACUACUGGCAUGAGAAGAUGGGUCUACAGAUGAAAGAACUUGGAGCCCACCACGUUGACUGGUUGGAGAGAAUCAACAACAUUAUACAGAACAUAAAUAGUACAGAAAGCACGGUGAAGAGCUUGCUAACUGAGGUUAUAUCCCUGGAAAAUCAGUCUAAAAAUCUGGAGGACCCUGAUCAGGAGGCAGACAUUGAGGAGAAAAUCGUAGAAAUUAGACGUCAAUUAAAGGAAGUGAACAUAAAGUUGAACCAGGUUGAUGCUUGCAAAGAAGCCCGUGAACUAAAGGAGAAGCUCGUGGAACGGAUAGAGAGCUUUCAUAAGGAAAUAAAUGUCUUGAACACUAAGCUGGAGAUGCACUACAAGCAAGGAUCAGAGACAGACUCCCACAGUUCUGAAGACGUGGCCAUGGAGCAUGAAGAACCCUUUAUUCUCGAGGCUUCUCCAAGCCCGUCAGGGUCACCCUCUCCUCCCUGCAGUGCAGUGUGCAAUAAAACCGUAACCAGGACAACACAGAUGCUGGGAACUAAAGGCUUUGGUCAUCACCCCCACCAAAGAAAAAGACUUAUCAAACAGACUUGACAACUAGACAAGAUCGCUCCCCCUCACCCUCCUUCCUUAAACAAUGAAAUCUGCCCCGUGAGAUGCUCGCACAAGCCUUGAAUUCCAGCACUUGGGAGGCAGAGGCAGGUGGAUCUUUACUAGUUCAAGGCAAGCAUGGUCUACAGAGCCAGUUCCAGGACAGCCAGGGCUACACAGAGAAACCCUGUCUCAAAAACCCAAAUAUAUAAACAAACAAAUAACAAAGUGAAAUUACUUUACUGUUAAGAACUCACAACUAAAGCUUUGACACAGCCAGAUUAAGGUAGCCAUUCGGACACACACAUUCCCAAACCCUUGCAUCUUGGAGAGUUCCCGUGCAGUCAGACCAGCGCUCUGAGGCUGUGUGGCUUAGUGCUUACAGCUCACUAUGAACUAUAUUUCUAGUCACUUACUAACCACAGGAAAGAACAAAACCAUGACGGAGUCGAAACUAGAAAAACAAUUAACUUUCUAUACUUUUUCAUCGCUCACGGCCUUCACUGAAUUUACUCCUUCCUCAUCUCCAAUAUUACCCUUUCUAAACGCUAUACAGUCCCGUGUUUAUAGAUGUUUACACAUAAGCGUGUAUACAGUACAGGCAGGGGUCUGCAUGUGAGAGGACUUUUUUCUUUCUUUCUGAAAUGACAUGACCCUGCUCAAUACUACGUAUUCUCAGUUCAUCUGCUUUUCCUGCAGAUUUCGUAAUUUCAUUUUUCUUUUUCAUUUAAUGUCCAUAGUGUCUAUGAGCCACAUUCUCAUUACCCAUUUAUCUGUUGAUGGACAGACAUCUAGGCUGGUUCUAUUUCCUUGCUACCGUAGAUAGAAUAGCAAUUAAAAAAUGGAUAUACAAGUGUCCCUGUGGUAGGACACAGAGUUCUGUUGCAGGAUAUCUGAUCACACUGUGAACCCCAGGAUUGUGUUAUUUACUGGAAGAAAGCUGUUUCUAGUUGUGAUGUGGCUCAGUCUCGGCGUACAUCUUUAUUUUUUUUAAAGAUUUAUUUAUUUGUUAUAUGUAAGUACACUGUAGCUGUCUUCAGACACACCAGAAGAGGGCAUCAGAUCUCAUUACAGAUGGUUGUGAGCCACCACGUGGUUGCUGGGAAUUGAACUCAGGACCUCUGGAAGAGCAGUCAGUGCUCUUAUCCUCGGAGUCACCUCUCUAGCCCCAGCACACAUCUUUAAUCCAAGAGCUUUCUGCCUGAAUAUUGUGAACAGGAUUAAAGAAAGUCAAGAGGUAGAGCAAGCAACCAGUUGACAGGGAGUGGACAUGGGAUUAUUAAGGAAAAAAAACCAUAGAGAAGGAGUAAGGAGGAUGAAUAGAGAGAUACACAGGAUGUAGAAGGGAGGGACAUUGAGUUUGAAGGAGGAAGGUUUUAUGGAGACAACUGACUGAGGGGGGAUCUAGGUGGGGCGUCAGCUGAGAAAAAAGGUCAGCCGGGUGCUUUCUCAGCCUCUCUGAGCCAGGAGGCUUUCACCCCAGUCUCUGGUGCUUGAAUCUUCAUUGGUAAAAUUAAAGGUUUGAGAUUUUGUGAGGAAACAACAGAGUUCUCUAGGUCUAAGAACCUCUUCCUCAUACAAUAUUGGAGACAUACUGAUGGAGCUCUGAUUUGAAUCUUCUCUUUGGGGCAGGCAUGUAGCUCAGGGUGACUGUGUCAGCCUGGAGCUCUGAUUUGAAUCUUCUCUUUGGGGCAGGCAUGUAGCUCAGGAUAGCUGUGUCAGCCUGGAGCUCUGUGCUAUAUUGUUGAAAUGUGUCACCAUCCUGGACACAGUUUCUGAGUCCUUGGAUCCCUUUAUGGAGCUGACCUACCAUCUUGGAGAAAUAGUACUUUCUCCAAGAAAAGAUCUCCGAGGCUUCAUUUCCAGCCACCAACCCAGAGAGAAUCUUAAGCAACCUCUUUUCUGGAGCACUGUUGUUUAAAACUCUCUUUUUGUUUCAAAGUUGUAUCAGCAGCAUGUGUGUCCCUGUGCCUUCCACAUCAUCCUGCCCCGAGCCAACAUCAUAUUGUAGUUCAAUUGUUUUAACUCUGUUGUUUCUUCUGAAUAAUUUAUAGAACUGGGAUCUUGUCUCCAUCAUUUUGGGAUCUAUACCAUGCUCAAAACCAGAGUGAGGCCAGUUAAAAUAGAAUAUUCAUCUCCAUAGAGUCAGUAGGUAGAAAAUUGUCAGGGAUCAGAUUGGGAGAGGUGUUUUCUCCCCUCCCCCCCUUUUUUUCUUUCGAGACAGUUUCUCGGUGUAGCCCUGGGUGUCCUGAGCUUGCUUUGUAGACCAGGCUGGCCUCAAACUCACAGAGAUCUGCCUGCCUUUGCUUCCCAAGUACUGGGAUUAAAGGUGUGCGCCACCACACCUGGAAGUAUUUUCUACUGAAUCAUGAUGACCUGAAUUUGAUCCUCAGGUCAAACCCACAUAACAAACCAGUUUCAGUGGCAUGCACCUGCAGUUCAGGCAUUCCCACAGCAAGGUUGUUAGUCAAGGACAGAAGAUGUCCCUGAAACUUAUGAUCACCUGGCCUGCAACAAUCAGCUUUGCAGAAUGUGUGUGACAGUUUCCACCCUGCAGGAAGCUCCUUAAACAGGAAGGUAAUCAACUCAAAAUAGCUUCAGGAAGUCCCUGAAACUGACCAGACUCACUAGAUCCCACCUAGCUAUAGUAACCAAUAAUGACUGAGAGUGCCCUCAAAAGGAAGGAAGUUGGACUGCAAGAAAGACUGAGAUGAGGCCAGCUGCCUGAAAGAAGCAGAAACCAGCUGAGCUGACUGGAAGAGGUUUAGUCCAGUUGUGGUACCUGGGAAGGACACUCUCCAGCCUGUUGAGCUGCCUAUAGGCUGUGCAGUGUGCUCCAGGUCCCCAGCUUUGUGAGCCCUCAACCUGUGCUGGAGUGGUCUUUGGUGAUGCAGCUGUCUUUGAGUCAUUUCUGAUCCUGUAAGUGACCCCUCACACAUAUUCCUGUAAGGAACUCCAGUAAAACUCAUGAUUCACCAAGUUGGACUUUGGUGGUAUUUGUACUUUGGUCUGUUGUGGGCUCCCUCUCUAGGGGGUAUAGACUCGUG